AUGAAAUUUUAUAAAUAUAUAGCGAGUUUGUUAUGGCUCCAAUGUAUUAAUGCUCGACAAGAUGACCCCUGGAGGAAAGCAAAAAAGUUAAUAUCACAAUUGAUAGAAAAGCCUGAUGCCAUAAGGCACCAACCUCCAGAGAUAGUAAACAAUGGAGACAUUAGAAUAUAUAUCCCAACCGGUUACAAUGAAACAUAUCAAGAACUUGAAUUCCAAAAAUUUUGGAAGGAAUCAGCCAACGAAUCUCAAAUAAAUUUACAUUCAUGGUUGACAGACUCAAGUGAUAAUUAUAAUAAUGAAAACGCUACAUACACUUUAGCACAGAUAUAUUUAGAUUCGUUAUAUGGCAUACCCCACAAUAAAACAUUAGCAUUCCAAUACCUUGACAAAUACAAUAAUCUAACAAACUAUAAAAACCCAGAAACAUUAUUUCAACAGGCCGUAGCUUAUUCGACUGGUUUAUUUGGCACGAUCCAAAUUGAUUCAGCCAAAGCCUUAUUGUACUAUCAGAGAUCUGCCAGAUUAGGAAAUCUUCAGGCCAAACAGGUAUUAGCAUACAAAUAUUAUAGAGGUAUCAAUGUUCCAAGAGAUUCUAAUAGAGCUUUAAUUCUGUAUAAAGAGAUUGCUGAUUUGUUGAAACAGACAUACUCGGAAGAGCAAUGGUCCUUUCAGUUUCCAACAGAAGAAAGUUUUAAUAUCAGAAUACCUGAUUUUGAGGAUGGACUGUUAGGCACCGGUCUAAGUUACAUGUCUACCAGUAUUUAUAGAAAGAGAUCUGCAAGACCUGAUAUUACAUCUAGUGUUCUCACAAGUAUAAAUGGUGGAAAUGUUGUACUAAGGUUUGGCAAUACGGAUCGUUCGAAUCCGUUUUUGGUAGAUGAAAAUGAUGAGACCGACGAUCAGAUCGUUGAUAUUUUCUAUACUGCACUGGAUGAGUAUCUUGGUACAUAUACUUCCGUGAAGAAUACCACCAGAGCUCGUCUGCUGUUAGAGGCAACGUAUGAAGAAUACGAUACUGAUGUUGCAUAUUUAGAUAAUUUACAAAGAUUUUUCUAUGGUCAGUGUCUGGAUCUACUAGGUCAUAUAUAUUUCACUGGUAGUGGACUCGAGAAGCCAGAUAUAAUGCAAGCAGAAAAAUAUUUAAAAAGAUCGAUAAUAAUUAUUGAGUCUGCUUCCACAGUCAAGAGUGGUGCAAAUGUAGACCUUGGUUUGAUCUAUCAAUAUUAUUAUUUCAACGAUACAAAAGCCAUUGAAUACUAUAAAAAGGGGAGGGGAAAGACAAAUAAUAAAGGUGUCAUCGAAUACCAACUAUCUGCGUUGACAGAACAGUAUCCUGACCUACUCCUAGGUAGUUCAUUUAUGUUGAUGGAAGAAGCAAAAUCGAAGGGAUUUGUUCCAGCAAAAUAUGAGUAUGCAAGUAUGCUGGAAAGAGGCGUUAACGAUCGUUAUAAUUGUGAAAAUACAGCAUAUAAUUACAAGUCUUUUGUUGAAGAAAACGAAGGUCGAAUGGCGUCUCGUCUAAGAUCAGCAUUUAAUGAGUUACUGUUAGGUAAUACUGAGGUGGCAUUAUGGAAAUAUGCUCAGGCAGCCGAACAAGGAUAUGAAAUGGCGCAAGUUUCUACAGCUUAUCUUCUGUAUCAAAUUCCAUUAGAGUUAGAUGAUCCACCAAUUACUACUGAUGAAAGAAAAUUAUUGGCUGUAACAUAUUAUACUAGAGCCUUUAAACAAAAUAAUAUAGAUGCUGGUGUUAUUGCAGGUGAUGUUUAUUAUAGUCUUGGAACUUAUGAGAAGGCAUUUUCAUUAUACCAAAGUGCUGCUUUGAAAUAUUCUACGCAAGCUAUAUGGAAUCUUGCGUAUAUGUACGAGUAUGGGCUUGGUGUUCCUGUUGAUUUCCAUUUAGCAAAGAGGUAUUAUGAUCAAGUCCUGGAACGUAAUGGUAAACUAUAUAUGGCAAUCAAAUUGAACGUAAUGAAGUUACAGUUGAAAUCAUUAGUCACAUGGCUCUUAGGUAGAGAUCGAAUUCCUUACAAAAUGAUUGAAGAACAAAAAAAGGUAUUAAUUAAGACUUUAAAGAGUGGUAAAAAAUUAUUUUACAAGUACUUCAGCUGGCCAUUUUCAAAUGAAACAAAGCCUUCCGUUGGAAGUCACACCCAUACGAUUACAGUAGAAUCUGGAUGGGAUAAUAUGGUAUCCAAAGAUGGGGAAAGCGAGGGAUUUCUAAGUGGAUUCAACUUGGUCAAUGAAGAUAUUUUUACAUUAAUUAUUGUUGUAAUAUUCUUUUUCGGAUCUUUCUUCCUCAGACAACUAGCAGAAAGGAGGGGGUGGAAUGUUCAAGUCAAUGGUGUGCCAGUAGGGCAACAAAAUCAAGAAAACAAUCAGAAUAACGAUAAUGACAAUAACCUAAAUAUGCGUGGUAACGGUUGGAAUUUUGAAGUACAAUUCUUUGCCAUUUGA